CCCCCCCCCCCCCCCCCCCCCGGAGAGAGCAUUAAAGGGCCGGCUCUCCGAGCGGCCGCGGGAUGCCCCCGCGCUGACCGCCGUGGGCCCGAGGCUGCCCGCGUAGACGCGCCUGGGUCGACCCCGUGCCACCAUGUAAAACGGCGCCGCAGGCGGACGCAGGAUUCUCCGCCCGGGACUCCUCCGCCCUGCCCUGGGCUACGGGGCCCUCGAUGAGGAGCCAGGUUCAGAGGCCUGGGAUGGGGGCUCGCUGGAAUCUGCACCUUUUUAGGUGCCUUCAGAAGUAUAAAGACACGCCAUGCUGACCGGGGUGACCGACGGGAUCUUCUGCUGCCUACUGGGCGCACCCCCCAACGCUGUGGGGCCGCUGGAGAGCGUCGAGUCCAGUGAUGGCUACACCUUUGUGGAGGUCAAGCCUGGCCGUGUGCUGCGGGUGAAGCAUGCCGGGCCUGCUCCAGCCCCCAACCCACCUCCACCACUGCCAGAUGCUGCCCAGGGGGACCGGUCUGGCUUGGUCCGCUGCCAGCGCCGCAUUACCGUGUACCGCAACGGGCGGUUGCUGGUGGAGAACCUGGGCCGGGCACCCCGUGCUGACCUCCUGCACGGGCAGAAUGGCUCCGGGGAGCCGCCGGCCGCCCUAGAGGUGGAGCUGGCGGACCCGGCAGGCAGUGACGGCCGCUCGGGCUCGGGCAGCGCCGGAAGUGGCAGUGGUGGCCGCCGGCGGCGAACCCGGCGCCCCAAGCGCACCAUCCACAUUGACUGUGAGAAGCGCAUCACAAGCUGCAAAGGUGCCCAGGCCGAUGUGGUGCUCUUUUUCAUCCACGGUGUGGGCGGCUCCCUGGCCAUCUGGAAGGAGCAGCUGGACUUCUUUGUGCGCCUGGGCUACGAGGUGGUGGCACCCGAUCUGGCCGGUCACGGGGCCAGCUCCGCGCCCCAGGUGGCCGCAGCCUACACCUUCUAUGCGCUGGCAGAGGACAUGCGCGCCAUCUUUAAGCGGUACGCCAAGAAGCGCAACGUGCUCAUUGGACAUUCUUACGGUGUCUCCUUCUGCACGUUCCUGGCACACGAGUACCCAGACCUGGUGCACAAGGUGAUCAUGAUCAACGGCGGGGGCCCCACGGCAUUGGAACCCAGCUUUUGUUCCAUCUUCAACAUGCCCACGUGCGUCCUGCACUGCCUGUCGCCCUGCCUGGCUUGGAGCUUUCUCAAGGCCGGCUUUGCCCGCCAAGGAGCCAAAGAGAAGCAGCUGCUAAAAGAGGGCAACGCGUUCAACGUGUCGUCCUUCGUUCUGCGAGCCAUGAUGAGCGGCCAGUACUGGCCCGAAGGCGAUGAGGUCUACCAUGCUGAGCUGACUGUGCCCGUCCUGCUCGUCCAUGGCAUGCACGACAAGUUUGUGCCGGUGGAGGAAGACCAGCGCAUGGCUGAGAUCCUGCUGCUGGCCUUCCUGAAGCUCAUUGAUGAAGGCAGCCACAUGGUGAUGCUGGAGUGUCCGGAGACGGUCAACACACUCCUCCAUGAAUUCCUGCUCUGGGAGCCCGAGCCCUCGCCCAAGGCCCUGCCCGAGCCCCUGCCCGCGCCCCCAGAAGAGAAGAAGUAGCCGCUGGGCCGGCCGGGCAUCGGGCAUCGCUUGGUAAGCCGCGGAGCAGCAGGAGGAAGCCAGGAGCAGCCCCACGUCCGCCGCGUGGACCACCUGGGCGGGCUGUUCGCUCCGGGGGGCGGAGUCAGGGCAGGGAGACGCCCCCAGGCCGGCUGGGUGGGGCUCGGCAUUCUCCGGAGCCAAGUGGAUACACCGCUCUCCGCUUCCAUCCUGCCGGACCCAUCGGUGUUUGGGGCCGCAGCCAGAACCCCCGUGGAGGAUGACCUUGUACAGAAGUCCCUGCCCCUCAACGCCACGGCCGAGGCAGGCCCCCCCACCCCCCUUCUGUCUUCCGUGUCAGCCGUGCUUGAUCCUGGGCCCCUUGGGGCCCCGCCUCAUUGCCCGAGCCCCCCCCCCCCCCAUCUCUUGGCGCUGGGAGCUGUUGUUGCCCAAGGGAGAGGGGAGGGAUGGGGGGGCUGGCGCCACUGAACCUGCACAUCUCAACUUGUAACUCAAUAAAAAGAAGCGACAAUCUGA